AUUCUCUCUCUCGUGCUCAUUUUGCUCUAUCUUCUGCUUGCGCUACUCCAGCAGAAAUUCGUUGCUCACUAUCAUUUAUUCUUAUGGUUUUUGACCCUACUAACUCUCAACACCUCAAGCCGUGGCUCGUUAGAACACUAGAACCAAUAUGCGAUGCUGAACCUGGUGCACUGGCUGAAUACAUUCUAGCCCUUCUCAAACACAAUGUGCCCGAGAGUGAAAUGCGAAAGGAAUUGGCUGUUCAGCUGGACGAAUUUCUCGAGAAAGAAUGCCAGCCGUUUCUCGACACAUUAUUCACUGUUCUACGCACCAAGUCUUAUUUACCGUAUUCUGCAUCGCCCUCAACGCCCUCCUUUCCCGACAAAACCCUUGACACUGGUAUUCCCAUCCCCCUUGACGGUCUCGUUUCCCCUUCUAUACCUUCCUCGCCUGACCGCAUCCGCAAAAGAGGUAUUGAUGAUGAUAGGGAUGGUCGGCCUGCCAAGGGACCCCGUUUAAGUGAUGACAGUCAGUUUUCGCGCUAUGGUAGCAACAGAGGCGGCAUGGAUUCGCGGUCAACGGGAGGUUGGAACUCACGAGCGGACAAACCUGCAAAUGGUUAUCGGGAUGGUUCGUCUCAAUCUAGGGGCGUCGGUAUGGGGCAAAUGAAUGGCAGGCGACCACAAGCAUAUCAGCCGCCGGACAUGAAACGAGGGAUAUGCAGAGACUACCAUAACAACGGCUACUGUGCUCGCGGUGCUUUCUGUAAAUUCAGCCAUGGAGAGGAUGCCGUUGUUCCCAGUCAAAUGUUCCCCAUGAAUGGUGCUGGCAUGACAGGUGCUGGAAUGCCAUUUAUACCCAUGUUUGGCCAAGGUUUUGGGAUGCAAAACGGACCUGUUGCAGCUUACGACCCUCACGAGUCCCGCAUGGAUAUGAGGAUGGGUAACGGACGGUCACAGAUGCGGCCUGCUUUUCUUCCCAGAGUUGACGAUGGACAGAUAGUUCAUGCCUCUGGUGAACUACCUGUCAUUCAAGAUCUCACCCCGAAUAUCCCGCACAAUGACAUUACGCCUAAUCCCACCUCAGAAACUAGCGUCUCCCAGUCAUCGUCACCCCAACAUCCAUCUUCAUCACAAAUACAACACCCCCACCUUCCUGACCUUAAUGACGACGUGGCAAAUGGCCAGCAAGCAAAAUAUAAUGAAGACAUUGAAAUGACUUCAGUACCGUCGUUAUCUCAGAAUGGCGGCUAUUCCACUGGGGUACGUGGGCCCACUGGUCGAGGGCGAGGUACCUUCGGUGAUGUCCCAGGUAUCCGCCCGGAAAAGAGGAAUGACAAAACAUUGGUUGUUGAAAAGAUUCCUGAUGACAAGCUGUCCUUGGAGCAGGUUAACGAUUGGUUCAAAAAGUUCGGCAAAGUCACCAAUGUUGCUAUCGAUCGACCGCACGGGAAAGCUCUUGUCAGCUUUGAGGAACACAGGGAAGCGUAUGUAGCGUGGAAAUCCCAAGACGCAGUUUUCAACAAUCGUUUUGUUAAAGUGUUCUGGCAUAGACCGAUGGAAGGACAUGGCCAGAUCGGUGCACGUAUGUUGGCAGCUUCGGCGCCUAUCGUUGCCAAUAUCUCAGCGAAAGCAGCUUCUGCCACCCCGCCAGCAACAUCCGUCACUGGCCCUCCGACUCCUGCACGAAAAUCCGCCAUUGCAUCUUCAUCAAGCGCGACAGCGCUUGCCGAAAAACAGCGACGGCUGGAGCAGCAGAUUGCUGAGCAGAAAUCGCUAAUGGCCUCUCUCGCGUCUGCCUCCGGAGAAGAGAAGAAAAGCAUCAUGGCUCGACUCAGAAAAUUGGGUGACGAGAUCACUGUGGGAUCAUCAUCUGCCAAGUCGAGCUCAGCUCCAGUGAAGAUGCCCUCGAAUCCUACUCAGAUUGCUGACGAACGACAACAAAAGGAGCGUGCGCGUCUGGAUAAGGAGCUGGAUUUCCACAGUGCUGUAACUGCCGUAGAGGGCGAAGGAGAAAUCGCAGAAGAUCUCAAGGCUAAGUUGGAAAGACUGAAAGCCGAGGCUGCUAGCCUGGGUUUAUCAGACGCUGAACCUAACUACGUUGGAUCGCAUAGACCGUAUCGGGGCAGAGGGCGUGGAGCACCCCGCAGUUAUUAUAGGGGCGCAGCUCGUGGUGUUGGUCGACCAAGUAUGAAGCUUGACAAUCGGCCCAAAAGACUUCGUGUUCGUGGCGUUUCCAGUGAGAAAAUGCAGGCGCUUAAGGACUGGUACGAGGCAACCGGUCAGGUUGACUCACUAUCUACUUUGGAAGAUGGCGAUGUCGUGGUGUCGUUCAGAACACGAGCAGCUGCAGAACAGGGACUGGCCAAAGGAACCAGCAUACCGACCGUCGGUGAUGUUCACUUAUCAUGGCACACUGACUCACUUCCACGGUCACCUUCGGCGACAGUUACACCGGCCGCUGAAUCGAAUCCUCCUUCGCAGGAGGUACCGGGCCCUAGGGAUGGGCAUUCACCAGCUCCCGAACCCGAUACAGAGUCCAAGGGUUCUCCCAACGCACAGGAAGAGGAAGUAAUAGCUAGUGGUUGGGGUGGUGAUGGGGAAGACGGUAUGGGCAUGUUUUAAUCUUGUAUGAAUGUGGUAUCAUGUUGUGCUAUUACAAUUCCCGCCUUCCAUCGUCCUUAAAACAUUGGAUGGACUUCAGCCUACCUUUUUGAAGGAAACUUUGCAGCGCCAAAUUAUGAGACUUGAAUACUAUUAAGGUAUUGCAACCUUGAGCGGACUGCGCCGUACUAGCAGCUUGUAGAGGUUCGGAAGUACAAAUUAAUUCAAAC